AUGAUUACAAAACUCACCAUCGGCCAAGUCCUCUGUCAGCCUAUAGUACCCUUUGCAUUUCUAGUCAGUUUUGCUGGCCUGAUCAGCUUCUUUUUCUAUUGCAUCAAAAGCGGCUUUACCAAGACGGAUAAGCAAAUCAGCUGGAUUCUUACAUUUGCGAGUAGUCUGGUUUGCACGGUUGUUUCUAUCCCCUAUUUCAUUCAAUUCUGGCGGUCUGGGUGGGACAUGUCAAGGCUAGGCACAGACUCCAAUGGGCACACAGCGAUGGUGUGCUUCUUUAUAAGCUACUUAAUCUUGGAUCUGUCCCUGGGCUCCAUCUACUAUAGAAGCCGUAUCACCGUGCUGACUGGCUGGAUCCAUCAUCCGCUAUAUAUUGGCAUUUUGUUUUGGUUGUUGAGGUGUCGAUCCUCGUCCUUCUUUAGCACGAAUUGUAUAUUGGAGUUACCCACAUUGCUGCUGGCAUUGGGCUCUUUCAAGGAUCGCUGGCGAUGUGAUCUCUUGUUUGCUGCUACCUUCUUUGUGCUCAGACUUGUGUUUCAUGCCUACAUGAUUCUGGCCCUGAAGCAAUCACAUCGUCUAGAGCUACUGUGGUUGGUAGCUGUGGCCGUGUUUCCAUUGCACUUGUAUUGGUAUUACGGCAUCCUCACUCAAUUGAUCAAAAGAUACUCUGCCUGUAUCAAGCUUGCCAUCUUCAGCCCCAACUCGCUCGCUGACAACACAGCGUCUUCUGCUGAUACUACCAACAAGAAAAGGAAAAGAUCCAAACAUGCGUUUCUAGACAGAAUCUAUACUUUUUAA